GAAAAGGAGGCUCUGGUCAUUUCACCUAGCGCUCCGUGGUUCUACGCACAAUAAGGGCAUUGUGGUUAUAAAGGCCUCAGGAACAAUCAGGCCGCUGAACUUUCUGUACAGAGGGGCUCCUGCUGGGGGCCAGACUUUGUCAACAUUGCAAAAUAGCUCACCUCUCUGACCGCCGCUGCGGACAAUGAGCUGGAAUGAUCCGCGGCGGCGGACUGGUGACCGGCCGCUCUCUGCUGGGGGCCCAGAACCCAGACUCGGGCUGCUGACUGGGCUGGACAGAAGCUCUGCUGAGGAGCUGAAUCUGGAGGCUGGGGUUCUUCGCCUCCACCCGGACUCAGAGACUAUGUCUGGACGCACUGCUGAAGCUCUGUGUCUGGAGGUCAGGAGACCUCAGAGGCCUGCCAGCACUGCGGCCCACAGGAAGGCCUUCAGUCUGGACUACGGGAGCCGGCAGCGGGGUUGUCCAGCAGGGCGCUGGGGUCCUUCAUCAGCUGGAGUGGACAUGGAUGUGCUGCAGCCAGAUAGAGAGGAUUCCUUUUUAUCUUCCUCAGACUCUGGGAGGAACUCCCCAGUGCCGGUCCAUAGACCCCAGGAUUCAGAACCUGCUGGGCUAGAUGCCAACAGGAGCACUGAGGUGUCUCACCUUGACGUCAGACCUGGAGGCUCAUUCCAUCCUCCAACCCCCAGCAGCUCUGAGCAGGAACAGGAGGUGCUGGGCAGUCCAUCAAGAUCCAACCUGGCACUACCAGGAUCUAAUCUGGCACUUGCAGGGUCCAGCCUGGCAUUAUCAGGCUCCGGCCUGGCACUGGUGCCCCCUGCAGGAGAGCGGCGGCUUAGCAAGAGGGAGAUGAACCGUGUGAAGAGCUUGAGGAGGAGGCAGAGGAGGAGAGAACGCUGGAGACUGAGAGAGGUUCAGGACAAUGCCCAGAGCUCCAUAGUGAACCCAUCCAGCAGCAGUGAUGAGGAUGAUGAGGAGUGUUCCGGUAGGGACAGGGAGGGGUGUAUCUGUGCAGUGUGUCUGGACGUGUAUUUCUGUCCCUACAUGUGUCACCCCUGUAACCAUGUCUUUUGUGAGCCGUGUCUGCGGACCCUCGCCAAAAACUGUCCCGCCAACACCCCCUGCCCGCUGUGCAGGACCACCAUCACACACGUCUUCUUCCAGAAAGAGCUGAACCACACCGCCCGAACUUUCUUCCCGAAGGAAUAUUUGAUCAGGAAGCAGAACUUCCAGAAGGCCAGCUGUGCUAAAUGGCCACUACCUAGCUGCAGAAAGCUCUUCCGCAUUUUUGGAGGUUUUCAGAGACAGAGCAGUCCAAUCGCUCGGCGGCAGUUCCCUCACGGUGGAUACCGUCUGGAUGCGCUGGACUUUGAGGACGAUUCACGCGGCUGGAGGUUCGACAUGGACAUGGUGAUCAUCUACAUCUAUUCCGUUAACUGGGUCAUCGGCUUCAUCAUCUUCAUCUUCCUCUGCUACUGCUUCUUCCCCUCUCUGUGAGGACAGACUAGGGUAGACUGGGAGAGACAAAGAGAGACUGGGACAGACUGAGAGAAACUGAAGGAGACAGAGAAGCAGGGACAGACUAGGAGAGACUGGAAGAAACAGAAGAAAUCCAAUUGACUGGGACAGACUAGAGCAUGGAACAAAUUGAGACAGUCUCGGAGAACGGAAAAACGGAAGAAGACUGAUUUACUGGGACAGACUGGGAUAAAUGGAAAAAGACAGCUUGACUUGGACACACUAGAAGAGACAGAGAGAUAGAGACAGACUGGAAGAAUUAAAGAAGACAGAUUGACUGGGACAGACUAAAGAAGACAGAGAGAUAGGAACAGACUGGGAGAAAUGGAAGAAGACAGAUUGACUGGGACAAAAGAGAGGAGACAGAGAGAUAGGAACAGACUGGAAAAAAACAGAAGAAGACAGAUUGACUGGAAUAGACUAGAGAAGACAGAAAGAUAUGGACAGACUUGGAAAAAUGGAAGAAGACAGAUUGACUGGGACAGACUUGGAAAAACGGAAGAGGACAGAUAGACUGGGACAGACUACAGAAGACAGAGAGAUAGGGACAGACUGGGAGAAACAGAAGAAGGCAAAUGCACUAGGACAGACUAAAGAAGACAGAGAAAUAGGGACAGACUGGAAGAAACGGAAGGAGACAGUGAGACUGGCGGAAACUGGAAGAGAAAGAGAGACAGGGGUAGACUGGGAGAGUCUGGGACAGACUGGGAGAACCAGGGACAGAUUGAGAGCGAGUCCCAGUCAAGAGUCCGAGAGCCAGCUGAUUUAAAAAAAGGAUCAAAACACAUCUGUAUACAGAACCAGAUAAACUUUUGAGAUUACAAAGUGCAGAACAUGACAUUUUUAUCAAGGGAAACCAUUUUGAUUACACUCUAAAUUUGUAAUAUACAUUAAAAUGACAAGUAUCCUGGGAAAGUCUCAUGACUUUUGAUAUAUCCUAUUUAACCUAAAGAACACUAUACUGGCCUGUGGGAUAUUGUAGGUAUGUGGGGCCUCUUGCAUUGAAAGUGGAUGUGAUUUCUGCCAGAGUCUCUUGUAUUUUUCCCAUGGACAGUGCUAACCAGAAGUCACUGGUCACAAUCAUUACGGCCCACUGUGCUGUCCACUGUGGGUAGUAAUGACGUGGUAAUUAUGUAUUCCCAGAACACACACUCUGUGGCUCUGUGGAUCAAGGAAUGUUAAAUGUCCACACAACUUCAAAAAUGGAAUGUCAAAUCUACUAUCAGGCCUCACUCUAUUUUUUUUUUUAAAUCACCUUGCAAUAAGCACAUUGGCCAGUGUUCAACCUUACUCACAAGAUAACACCUGAUAAUUAUACAGGUGUGGUAGAAUAAUAUGCAUUAUAGUAAUGUUGCAUAUUACUCAGAAUGAUAAAUAUUACACAUUUAGAGAUUCCUUUCCUGGCUUUCUAAACAAGGACUCAUGGAAACACACUGUAUUAUACUGAAGAUUAAUAAAAAAAUAAUAAAAAACUUACAGAGUCCUGUGCUGAUGAUGAUCAGCAACAUCUAAAUUAAAAGGUCAUUUUUGAACCAAAAUAUUGCAGUUGAUUCCAGCUUAUGUUUUUUUCUGCAGAAAAUAGAGAACCUGUACUAUUCCCAACAAACACUCUACUGACCAAACCUGUUGUCAGAACAUUUGCACAAACCCUUCUAUAUUUAAUAAUAAACAGUUUCCAUUCA